ACGUUUCCGAGCGAAUAUGAAGCCGACCAGUGUGUGUAUCCUAUUUGCCAUCGUUUUAUGCACGGCUGCCGUGGCGGACGCUGCAGUGUAUGCAUAUGCCUCAACCUGUUCCCGGUGCAAGAGUGUCGGCGCAAAAUACUGUGGCUAUGGCACUGUCAGUAGUAAGGGAGUUUCUUGCGACGGACAGACCAUGAUAAAAAGCUGCGCGGACUGCAAAAGCCGGUUGGGACGGUGCGUCGAGUCCUAUAUAACGGAGUGUUAUUUAUGAUCGAUCUGGGAGCCGUAAAUAUGACUCUCAAAAAGGGGCACUGUCAGCGGCACGUCGAACGAUGGCUGACUGAUCGUAAAUCACAAGCUUAUUUAGAAAAAAGUAUUCCUGAGCGAGACGCAAGACUAACACUGCUGAAUCGAAAUUGAAAAUCGAAAAAGAAUCGCUAAAAUACUAGAUGUUUUUAAUUUAUCCUAAUCCUAAUAAAUAAAAAAAUGAGCUCGAUAAAAUCCAA